CAUAUAUCUUAAAGUACAAAGUCGGUCGCCUUUGCCACCGACAACACUCCCUUAUUCUUUGAUUCAAUACAGCCGUCUUUUUUACUUGCUAUUUUAUACUUUCACCCUUACCAUUGAUGUGCUUUCACCACCGCAAUACAGCCGGCGGAUUUGGUAGCAGAGGUCGCGGAGGCGGCUAUUUCAGGGUCGGGAGGGAUGGCGGAGCGUGGCGGACGCGGCGGAGGUGGCCGCUUUGGCGGCGACCGGUUCAAUGAAGGUCCACCGGAGCGAGUUGUAGAGGUUUCAUCUUUUGUUCAUGCGUGUGAGGGAGAUGUAGUUACGAAGCUCACUAAUGCUCUGAUUUAUCUUCAGAAUAAGACUCAGAUCGGUAAAGUUGAUGAGAUAUUUGGUCCAAUUAAUGAAUCUGUUUUUAGCUGCUAUCAUCCACUUAGGUUAGUCCGAAAUGUGUUUUGUAUUUUCUUUGUUGUUCUGUUUAGUUGUCUAUUCACUAUUGUGUUAGUUUAUUAGGCAACUUCUUUGUUAACUACGUUUACUUCUUGAAAAAGGGGUUGUACACUUAAUGAAUCUAUCCCAUUCUCUGUAUAUAGAUAAUGGUGAUUGUACUA